AUGCUGUCGGGGAAGACGUCGACGGACAACCGCCAUCUCUCCAAGUCCAACUGGGUGCUGCCGACCGAGUCGGAGGGCCAUGCGCCCACGUCGCUGCGCUACAUGAACGAGUUCGUCGGGAAGCUCCAGUGCGCCCCGAACCUUCUGCAGAUGGGCAUCUUCCCGGACGCCAAGGAGGUGACUGAGAGCAUGGGACUCUUCAACGCCACGCGCCGCUUCCUCGACAUUGACGAAGGCAACCCGGCCGAAGAUGGCAUCGUCGUCGUCGGCGAUGGCUCGACCCCGCGAACGGCCGUCAUGUUUGCGUACCGCACCAAGGGCUGGACGUGCUACAGCGUGGACCCCGAGAUGCGUCUCUCGACGCCGGACGCGCCAGUGCCCUGGGAGGGCAUCCAGCAGGUCGUGCCCAUCCGCGCCAAGAUCGAAGACAUUCGCAUCAAGCUCCGGCGCGCAAUCGUGCUUCUCGUGCAUGCCCACGUGACGCUCGACCAGGCGCUCUCGUCCAUCGAGGCCGAGUCCAUCGUCGGCGUCGUGACCUUGCCCUGCUGCAACUGGUAUGGCCAACAAGAAGUGCUCUUCCAGCGACCGCCCGACAUUGUGUUUGACGAUUUCAGCAUCCUCUCCGACCACCGCGAGUUGCGGCUCUGGGUCGGCGAUCGCUCGGCCAACGUCGCCUCGGUGGAUGUCAACCCGUCGGCGCAGGCCAUGAAGGGCUGCGUCGUCAAGACGUACGUGACGCCGGUGCUCGAAGCGAGACCCGAAGACGCAUACAUUGACAAGGUCCUCGCGUCGUCUGCGUCACUCGAGGCCAUCUUCGAUGUCUUGGCGCCGGCCACAACCCUCCUGCAGCGGUUUCUCUUGCCCCAGUGCCGCGUGGGCCUCCUCGGCGACAACGCCGGUACGUUCGCGUCGCACUUGCAGUCGACGUACCCGACGCUGCACCUCGACGUCCGUGCGGUCGCCAAGGACGACGCAGUCUUUGACGUCGUCGUCGAUGUUGGUGUGCUCCACGAGCUGCUCUUCAGCAUCGAGUCGCGUCAAGCGUCGGCGUUCGUGCAGACCGUGUGCCAAUAUGCGUCGUCGCGCGUCGACGCUCGCUACGCCCACGCCGGCUUUAUCUCGCUUACGCCCCGACGCAAGCUCAAGGGCGCCGCGUACUUUACCCAUGCGUCUUUGGGCUGGCAGUUUGAGUGGUUCAAGCUCGAAAACCAUGCGUCGCUCGCGCUCUGUGGCUGGAUGCGGGCCGCCAAGGACACGUCGCAGGACUACCCGUCCAUUGACGCCGUCUCGCGCGAUAUCAGCACUGUCUAUGGCACCCACGGUCCUCUGCUUCCUGGCGCGGUCGAGCUCACGGGCGAGCUCCUCCGCCUGCGCAUCAAGCACAAGCACCUGACGUUCGCGGACAUGAAAACGCCUCUUGGCGAGAUGGUCCAGAUUGUCCUCAACAAGAUGGAGCUCGUCCAGGGCCAGUACUCGAUCCCGCAGUGCCUCGUCCGCCACUUGCGUGCAGGUGAUGUCGUCCGCGUCAUUGGCUCGUAUGACGCGUCCGUUGUCGACGCCAAGAAGCUCAACGUGUCGCACGUGGCCAUUCAAGCCCUUGCGCCGCGCGAAGACGCCAAACUCUACUUUGGCCUGCCCCAAUAG